UCAUUUUGUAUUCUUUAGAGAGAGGGUUGCUACGAAGGAGAACUUGUUACCGUAGCAACAAAAUCAUGAAAACGAGAACAAAAAUGGCGGGAGUUGAAAUGAUAUGGGCAUAACUUCCAACGACAUUACCUUCGCGCUUAAUUUAUUUUUCGAGUAAUGGUUUGCAGAGCAAUCAUAAAGCACCAAAAUGCCAACUGAAAGUCUUCCUGAAAUCACUCAACUGCUAGACCUUUGGGACCAUAGCACUAAGUCUAAUAGAGCAGACAUUUUGAGAUUAUUCAUAAAAGAAUGCAGAGGGAAAACUGCACCAGAAUUAGAGAAUAAAUUUUCCAGAGCUGGGAGCCUGUUUUUAACUCGUCUGACAGCAUGGGUGAGGCUGACAUACAUGACUGGUCAGAAUUUGAAACUGCAGCUAGAAGCAAUAAUGGUUUUUGUUGGAUCUUCUAGUGGUCAUAAAUACUUGGCCGAAUUUCUUGAAGUUGGAGGAGUCCUUACAGUUUUGGAAAUCCUUGGAUUAAAGCAAGCAAAAGAGGAAGACAAAACAGAGGGUCUGAAGCUGCUGUCAUGCAUCGCUAGCACAGGUAGAAAAUACAAGGAGCUCAUCUGUGAAAGCUUUGGUGUAAGAGCCAUUGCUGAAUGCCUUGCAAGAUCUUCUAGUGUCACCACGCAGGAGCAAGCAAGGUAUCUUUUACAGGAAUUAGCCACAGGUAACCCAAGAUACCACGAGCAGAUAUACAAAGCAUUGAUUUCCUUACUUGGAAGUGCAUCUCCCAAAGCACAGCAGCUUGCCACACAAACAUUGAGAUAUGUGCAGGACAUCGUUGGGAGAGCCAGUCUCACUAUCAUUGAUCCUACACUGUUGCUAUUGCGAUCUUUGCAUGUGGAAGUUCAGUACGAGGCUUAUGAGCUUAUAAAAGACCUUGUGAAAUAUGAAAUAAAAGACGACAUAUUGCAAAGACUUGUAGGUCUUUUGAAGCCCACUGAUGCUGACAUUGAAAAAAUCCCAGAAGUCUUUAGUGAUGCAAGUCUUGUUUCUGAAAUGGAAGCUUCACUGCCUCUCUACAUUCAGCAAGCUGCAACAGCUAAGUGUAUUGGCCUUUUGGCAAAAGAAGAUUUAAAGACCGCUGAACGUCUCAUACAGCUCGGUGCCGUGGAAGCACUUCUAUUUGCAAUGGGCAAUGAAAAGCACCCCGAGAGUCAGAAGCAGGCCGGAAUUUCUCUCGAGUUCUUUAUCAGGAGGUUUCCCUAUGUUGAUGACGCAGUUCGAAAGGCUCUUGGCGACUCAUUUUAUCGCGAAUUUAUGUCUCAACCCGAUGCCGUGUAUCUAAAACUGACUCAAAUCCAGAUCAAUGUAUUGCUGCAAAUUCGUUUGACCAUUGACCAAGGUUCAUGACCUUGUGAUCUGCACCAUUAUCCUUUUGCUUCCUACUUGCCAAUGUAAAGGUAACUUUAUUUCAAAACUUUCAUCCGGGACUGAUUUGUAUUAAUAUUUGUUCGUAGUACAUUUUACGAAAAUAUCAAUCAUUUUUUGAACAUAUUUUCCAGUGUGUAUAUAGUAUGAUUGCGAAAAACGAACAGAAGGAUAAGAGUCUUGAUUACAUAAUUAUUGUCCAUUA